AACAAUGGCGACACGAAAGAGAGUCUCUUCAACCGAACCUUCUUCUACUACAAAGGAAAACACACAACACAAACCCCAAGAACAACCCAAAACUGUUGACCCUCCAAUUGCACCUCCCAAAUGGGGUCUCCUUCUCAAGCUCUCUCUUUUCUCUCUCCCUUACUUGUAUCUCAUCUUCUACCAUUACCCCAUCGAACCAGAGCUUCGAAGACCCAUCAUCAUCAAUGCUGUAAUGAGCCUUGCAGGGUUCUUCGUCACGGUCAAAAUGAUCCCUGUCGCCUCCAGAUACGUUCUGAAGCGAAACCUCUUUGGAUAUGAUAUCAACAAGAAGGGUACCCCUCAGGGAAAUGUCAAAGUGCCUGAAUCAUUGGGUAUAGUUGUUGGUAUUGUCUUCUUGGUUGUGGGAAUCUUAUUUCAGUAUUUUAACUUCACAGCAGAUUCAAAUUGGCUUGUUGAGUACAAUGCGGCAUUAGCAUGCAUCUGUUUCAUGACAUUGCUUGGAUUUGUUGACGAUGUCCUUGAUGUCCCAUGGAGAGUAAAAUUACUACUCCCAUCAAUUGCUGCACUUCCUUUGUUAAUGGCAUACGCUGGACACACAACUAUAGUUAUACCAAAGCCACUUGUCCCACACAUUGGGAUAGAGGUUUUGGAUCUUGGAUGGAUAUAUAAACUGUAUAUGGGGCUAUUGGCUGUUUUCUGCACAAAUUCCAUCAAUAUACAUGCUGGAUUAAAUGGCCUUGAAGUUGGGCAGACGGUGGUUAUUGCAGCAGCUAUCCUCAUACACAACAUUAUGCAAAUUGGAGCAUCAACAGAUCCUGAAUAUAAGCAAGCACAUGCAUUCUCUGUUUACUUAGUUCAGCCCUUGCUAGCUACUUCUUUGGCUUUACUUUCUUAUAACUGGUAUCCUUCUGCAGUUUUUGUGGGUGAUACAUAUACAUACUUUGCUGGAAUGACUAUGGCUGUGAUUGGUAUUUUAGGCCAUUUUAGUGAAACACUCUUGAUUUUCUUCCUACCUCAAGUUUUGAACUUUCUCUUAUCACUCCCCCAGCUUUCUGGCUUUAUUCCAUGUCCACGCCAUCGUCUGCCAAGGUUUGAUCCUCAAACUGGACUACUGACUGGGACAAAUGAUGGGACACUUGUUAACUUCUUCCUAAGAAAUUUAGGCAGGAAGUCCGAAAAGACACUUUGUAUUUAUCUUCUUGCUUUCCAGGCCAUUGCAUGCUGUUUCUGUUUCAUGCUGAGGUAUUUACUUGCUGGUUGGUACAAAUGAAAGCACGAAGUUGAUAAAAGAAAGAUAUUGAUGAGAACCACUAGAGAGACAGAACUUGUUGUAUUAUCAUUUUUGUAGAAAAACUGUUUCUUGUGAGCAUAGGGAAAUAGGUUUUGGAGGGGAAGGAAUUUCAUUUUUGUUAUUUAAAUGUUGUGUACUAAAUAUCAACUUAAAGAAAUAGACGAAGUGAAUUUUCU